AUGUGCGUCUAUCGUUCAUUUCAUAUAACAACAACGCGCAAGCAAACUUCUCUUCAGAACUUUUCAUCAAAAAUGACAGAUAAUACCGCCGCUCCAGUUUCAACAACUCAAAAUGUUGCCAAUGCAAGUGCAUCACCAAAAAAGGCAGCAAAGAAACCAGCCAAAGCCAAAACAGCACAAGGUUCAGCACAUCCAAAAUAUUCUGAUAUGAUCAAAGCAGCAUUAAAAGCUUUGAAUGAUCGUAGUGGAAGUUCACGAGCUGCAAUUCUCAAAUUUGUCUUGGCCAACUAUCAACUCGAUCCCAGCUCAGCCAACCAACAUCUUAAAUUAGCUCUUAAAAAUGGUGUCAAAUCUAAAUCUUUCAAACAAACCAAAGGAAAUGGUGCAAGUGGUUCAUUCAAAUUAGCAACAAACACUGAUGCUAAACCAGCCAAAAAGAAAUCACCAAAACCAAAGAAAGCUGCUGGUUCAACAACCGCUACAUCUGGCACAAAGAAACGUGCUCGUUCGAAAUCAGCUGGAACAAAACCAGCCAAAAAGGUCGCAACUGCUGCAAACAAUUCAGCUGCUGCACCCGCAGCAACUGGCGCUGUCCCAGCUGCUGCUAAACCAAAGAAAGCCAAAGCAACUAAACCACGAUCAAGCUCGAAACCAAAAGCUGCAGGCGCAACAAAGAAACCAAAACAAGUUAAAGCUAAAAAAGAAGGUGCAGCCAAACCAGCCGGAGCAAAGAAAACUGCAACAAAAAAAGCCGCAAAACCCAAAGUUAAAAAAGCAACUACACCAAAGAAACCCAAAGCAGCCGGAACAAAGAAACCAGCUGUUAAAAAAGCUGCCAAACCCAAGGCCGCGAAAAAAGCCGCUUCACCCAAAAAAGCAGCCAAAUGA